ACCACUUUAACUCGAGGUCUCAUCGCUGGGGAAACAACACACGUCCAGCGCGGCUGCUUGCAAGGGAAAGCGCGGUCGAGGGAAAGAAAGGGCAGGCAACAGCAAGGAGGAAGAGGAAAGCGCCGGACUUCAACCGUCCGUCCAGAAAUGUUCAAAGUUCCACGUCUUGGCGGCACAAGCUUAGGGUUUAGAUUGGAGAGUCGGACAAGGCGUUGGAGCAAUUCAUAAUUUCCUCUCGCCGUGCAUUCACUCAAUCAGCAGACAAGAUGUUACAGCCACGGCUAUGGCAGCAGCAGCCCUGGAGGCAAGCUCAGUGUCUGUUCCGCGCCUCUACCAACGCCUUCGCCCGCCGCACAUAUGCCACCGCCGCCGAGACUUCCACAGUAGCGACGACGACCCGUGAAACGACGACCGAUGCCAUUGCCUUCAACCCUCCCACCGCUGCCCCCAGCCGAAGACGUGGUGGUUUCGAACUCCGUACAUACAAGCCUCGCACUCCCGGUACACGACACUUGCGCCGCCCCAUCAACGACCAUCUAUGGAAGGGAAAGCCGCUGGCCAAGCUCACAUUCGCCAAAGUCGGUCAUGGAAAGGGAGGACGUAACUGCACAGGUCGCGUGACCGUGCGACACCGCGGUGGUGGUCACAGAAGACGUAUCCGUACCGUCGACUUCAAGCGCAUGGAGCCAGGCAAGCACACAGUCGAACGCAUCGAGUACGACCCCAACCGCAGUACCCACUUGGCCCUCCUCACGAGGCAAAAGACUGGAGAGAAGAGCUACGUUUUGGCUGCAGAUGGUAUGCGUGCUGGCGAUGUCAUUGAGAGUUACCGUGCCGGUAUCCCCGGCGAGCUUUUAAAGAGUAUGGGAGGUGUUAUGGAUCCUGGUAUGCUUGCCGCAAAGACUGCCUUCCGUGGAAACUGUCUGCCUCUGCGCAUGAUCCCUCUCGGAACUCAGGUUUACGCUGUUGGAUCCACCACAGGCAAGGGUGCCGUCUUCUGCCGCAGUGCCGGUACUUUCGCUACAGUGGUCUCAAAGGAGGAGGUUGGCAAGAAGGUCAAGGAGGUCACCGUUCGUCUGCAGAGUGGUGAAGUCAGAAGAGUCAGCCCUGAUGCUUGCGCCACUAUCGGUGUUGCCAGCAACCCUCACCACCAUUUCAGAAUGCUUGGUAAGGCCGGUCGCAGCAGAUGGCUCAACAUCCGUCCUACCGUCCGUGGUCUGGCUAUGAACGCUGCCGACCAUCCUCACGGUGGUGGUAGAGGUAAAUCGAAGGGUAACGUUCACCCCGUGUCCAUCUGGGGAACUCCAGCAAAGGGUGGUUACAAGACUCGUGCAAAGCGCAACCCCAACAAGCACGUUGUCCAGGAGCGCGUCCGCAACCAAGGAAAGAGAAGGACAAGCAAGAACUAAGUCAUGUUUUCCUAAUGUUCUUCUUCUCCUUCUUCAUCACUGUAUAGUAACACCAUGUAAAUCAAAAAGCAUAAACCUUCAU